CAAAUAUUGUUAAUUCACAGUCUGUCUCUCUGUUAUCUUUAUUAAUUGUAUUGAAUCAUAUCAAAAAUAAUACUAUCUUCAGCUCAUAACAAUGUCAACCUUGAAAUUCUGCACUGUCUGUGCUGCAAAUCAGAAUCGUUCAAUGGAGGCUCACAGAGUUCUUAAAGAAGCUGGUUACAAUGUGAAUUCAUAUGGUACUGGUUCUGCUGUGAGAUUGCCUGGAUCAAGUAUUGACAAGCCAAAUAUUUACAAAUUUGGGACUCCCUACGACCAGAUAUAUAAAGAAUUAUCAAAGCAAAACCAACGAUUAUAUAUUCAAAAUGGAGUGUUGAAAAUGUUGGAUAGAAACAGAAAGAUCAAAACUGCCCCUGAAAGAUUUCAAGAAAACAACACCAAGACUUUUGACGUUAUUAUAACUUGUGAAGAAAAAUGUUUUGAUGCUGUCAUUGAAGAUUUACUUAACAAAAAUUUGAAUUUAAACCAAAUUGUUCAUGUUAUAAACGUUGACAUCAAAGAUGAUACUGAGAAUGCCACGAUAGGUGGGAAAGGUAUAUUAAAUUUAGUCAACAGAUUAGCUGAAUCUGCUAAAAAAAAUCAAAAUAUUGCUCCUGAUUCAGUGCCCUUUGAGGAUACAAUUCUUGACAUUUUGGCAGAAUGGCAAAAGGACCAUCCAAAUUUACCACUACUUUAUUCUACUUGUUUUUAUUAAGUAUCACCAACAAAUAGAUAAAUAAUAAUAUUUUUAUCUUCUUCGGCAUUAGCAUCUGGUGAAAGUUUUCUAUAAAAAAAUUCAUUAAAAGCUUUAAAUUUAUAAAUUGGUAACAAACAUUCAAAUAUUCAAACAUA